GUCACAAAGUCAAAUAAUCUAUAAUUUCGGUGCAAACCCUAAUUUUUCCUCGCUAGAAUCGUAGAGAGAGAAAGAAGAGUGAGAAGAGAAAGACGUUUCGUUUAUAUCUCUUUCUCGCUCUAUUUGUUGUUUCCCACCUUCGUUGUUGUUUCGUGGAAGUUGCAGGACUUGACCCCAAAACCCUUUUCUUUUACUUUUUUUUUUUUUUAUCACAACCUUGAUUUUCUUAUCAGGUUCCCGCUACUAUAUUUGAUGUGAGACUAAGGCUAGGAUCUACUACUUUACUUGGAUAGUUGAAGUAUUUUGGAAGAUUGAAAUAAAUGUUUACAAAUGGUUAAUUUGGUGCAGGAAUUUUUUGCCAACUUCAAUAUUUAUUUAUUGAGGAUUUGCUAUUGAAUCGUAAUAACUGAAGUUUGAAAGAAAGGUUUUGACUUGUGAGCUUAUCUUGGAAUCAUGCCUAUUUCAGGACAUGAAGAGAGUGGGGUAAAGUCCUUUGCUGGGCAAUUUAGUGAUUUAGUUGCAGGUGUGCCAAUCAAGAAAAGGAGGCCACGGCCUUCUUCCCCUCCUUCUGAAGAGCCUUGUUCAAUCACCGAAGAAACUGAGUUACAACGAAAAGAAAAUUCAAGCACAUCUCAAGGAUCAACUAUAUCAAAUGUCAGUAUUGCAGGUGCACCUCCCAAGAAAAGAAGGUUUCGUCCUUCACUUCAAGCUUCUUCACCUUCUCUGGAAAAGGCUUCACCUCAGGAAAAAGGUGAUGCCUUGCGUAAGGAACAUUCAAGCACAUCAUUGGGUUCAACCCUUUCUACGAGUUCUGCUGGAUUAUCUGAUACCAUUAGAAACCCUGUGUUAGAAGAAAAGAAUGCAAGUUCUGUUGUUACCAAUGCGGACAUAGUGCUGAAAAAUUCUUCUUUCGUUGUGCCCAAACUUGAGGAGUCAAACCCUGCAACUCCAUCUUGUCUUUUGGAUGUCGUGGAUAGCAAAGAGAAGGUGGUGCUCAAUGAAGGUAUUGAUAAAAAUUCGGGAUCCCAAACAAUUAAGGGAAAUCCUGAACUCUUAUUGGCUGCAAAAGCAGGUCUUGCACUUGGCAUUGGAGCAGGUGUGAGCAAACAAAUCGUCCAAGAUUUAAUUAAACAAGAGGGUUCUGUGGUGUCUGGAAGUACUAAUUUAUCUUUAAGCUUAAAGGAGCACUUUUUUCCAGCUGUUACAAGUCCGGCAAUUAAUGAAAUACAUAAAAAAUUGGAGAAAGGAGAACCCGUCUCAUUGGAAUUAUCAUUAAGCAAGGAGGAAUGCAGUACUCACAGUUCUAAUACUGAUUCUAAAAGUAAUAGUGACACUACUCGUGUUUAUUCUAGCAGGGCAAACUGGGAUCUGAAUACUACGAUGGAUGCAUGGGAUGAAGCAAGUGAUGCCAGUUCUGUUAAAACAUCUAUUGAUGGGCUGAAUAUUACUCACAGUGCGCUUGAUGAGAACCAGUUAACGUGCUCAAUUGGGAUAACACCGCCAGUUAUUGCGUCUGUAAAACAAACAUUCAAAGAGAGCCAGAACAAAGCUUUCAUAACUUCAUCUGCUCCGUAUGGGCAGCAUCAUAAAUGUGUGGAUCCACGUAAUCUCUGUCUUUCACCUUAUCUUCCGAAGUAUGAUGAGAGUCCUUGUAGAAUAUCUGUUAAAUUAAAUUCAGGUUGUGCUACUCCUAUAGUCAGUUUGCCAAGAAUGGCAGCUACUGCUGGUGAUGCAAAUACUUCUAGUUUUAGGUUGAUAAAGCCAGAACCACUAGAUGACAACCCGAAGAAGGAUUUGAAAGAAGCUAAUGUUUGUCCUGUGGCUUCGUUAGAUAGUGUUGCUGUCAAAAAAGAAUUUAUUCCGCAUUCUUUUGUCAAGCCAUCUAAGUCAACUGUUAGCAAUUCGAAGUUAGUUGCUCCUACAUUCAUUAAAUCUGAACCAGGUCAUGAGGGUAGGCAGGAAAGAUCCAAAACAGCAGAGAUUAGUACUGCAGGUCAGUUGGUUAAAUUGUUGCAACAUGGGUCAUUUACUUCUUCUUCUUCCUCAUCCAUGGCAGUGCCAGCCAUGUUGAAUUCGACACAAGUUUCUGCAGAGGGAGCUCAUCUUGCAGUGAAAUCUGUGUUUACAGCAGAAUUAGCCACCGAUAAAAAUAUAGUAGGUCAGCUAGAAAAUUCUAUCCGUGCAGAAGAAACUAAUGUUGAGAAAGUAUAUGAUGAAGUUUCCUCAAAUGCCGAGCCCGUACCUCUAGUAACAGUCGCUAUUCCUAUGGUUGGAACUGGUACAAAAUUGACUAAUCUUGGAUUGAAACAUUCUUCUCUUGUAACCAAGAAAAAAGAUGCUGAGGAUCAUGAUGGUUGCAGAUUGAAACUCAUGAAUGAGCUUCCUGAUCCACGAGACAGUGCAGAAGAUUGUGUUAGUGAUGAAGAAAAGAUAACCUUGUCAGCUGAUAUGUUGGAGGAUGAUUCUUAUGGUUCUGAUUUCGAGUCAGAUGACAACCAUGCUGUAACUGUUGCUGUUGACACUGAGCGAUACAUUGAAGAUGAUGAUUAUGAGGAUGGUGAGGUUCGAGAACCACUGGAGCCUUCGAAAGUGGAGGAUGCCAUAUGUGAGGUAAGAGAAGUAGAACAUCGUGACUCUAGUAACUAUGAUAACAAACCAGUGGAGAAAGGAGUGGUGAGUGGUGAUUACCCCACUUCAUCUCGUGUGGUGGAAAAUAACAAUGAGACUGUAAUCCACAAUGAAAUUUUUGGGAAAGAUGGGGUGGACAUUCUAAUGCAUGAGAAGCCUGGUAAAAUCGUUUAUAAAAAUGUUUGUGUACAAGAGUCAUUGGAUGGUGAAAAAUCUGAUAUUGCUGCUGAUAACAGAGAAGUUAAUGUUUUGCAAAGGAAACCAUUAGAUCUUUCAGAAAGAAUAAUUGUCUCUGAAACUCAGGAGACAGAACAGCCUUCUGAUGGAAGCCAUGUGAUAGAUGUUCAAUGUGCUGAUGAGGUUUUGAAAACAACUGACACUGUUAGACAAACCAACUUAGAUUUAUCAAAAAUGGAAGGAUCUGCAAAUAACGAAGAUAUAACCAAAGAUGUUGGUAACAGUGGUAAUCAAGGAAGAAUUAUAGAUCUGUCACGAGCUGCUAGUUCGUCAUCCCCUAGUAAAACUAGACCUAUUUCAGGCAGAUCACUGCCGACUCGAGCUGGAAGAGAUGUAUUAUCUGACACACUUGACUGCAACAAAUUAUACAGAGGAAGGUAAGCUUUUUUAGUUCAAUAUACUAUACCAA